AUGGCGACCUCACUAUUACAGGCUCCGACGAAUGCGACACCAGAGGUCACCCUCAACCUCAAAGAGCACGCCCCCGAAUUCUUCAAGUCGCAACGUAACUGGGGAUUACCCUGGCCAUUGAACCUCCUCCUCAACUCCGAGUCCCAAGAGAAAUGGCAGAUCUACGAGAACAUCCUCCUCGCAUGUCUGCGGACGGGCGAUAAUGAGUCUGCAUACUUGUGUCUGGAAGAGCUCACGGAUCGGUUUGGGGUGGAGAACGACCGCGUCUUGGCUCUACGAGCUUUGUACAAGGAGGCCACGGCGAACACACAACAAGAGCUGGCCACCGUCAUGCAGCAAUAUCAGGACAUGCUCAAGGAGGACCCAUCAGUCAUCUCGAUUCGCAAGCGGAGAGCGGCGCUGCUGCGAUCGACCGGGAAGAUCCCUGAGGCCGUCACUGCGCUGACGAACUUGGUCGACACGCUCCCAACGGAUCCCGAAGUCUGGUCCGAAUUGAGCGACGUCUACCUCAGCCAGGGAGCUUUCGAGCAGGCAAUUUACAGCUUGGAGGAGGUCCUUCUCAUCUCACCUUACGCAUGGAACGUGCAUGCCAAGCUUGGAGAGGUGCUUUACUUGUCCGCCGACAGGCUCGAAGGCGAGGCGCAACGCAAGGCACUUGCCGAGAGCAUGAGGAGAUUUUGCCGUAGUCUUGAGCUAUGCGAUGAUUACUUGCGUGGAUUUUACGGUCUGAAACUGACGACAAGUCGCUUAUUGCAGAGCGCUGAGUCAGCUACUAGCGGAUCACCUGCACCUGCGACCGCUACAAUUCAGAAGCUAAACGAACUUGCCACUGCGAAACUCGCCGAGAUUGUGCGAAGAAGCACAUCUGGCGAGAAAGAUCGGGACGGCUACAAUCAGACCGAGAUCCUUGCCGCUCGUGCCCUGCUAGCCCAGUCCACCGCAGCGAUUCAACGAUGA